AUGAACCCAUUUGAUGAGAUUGCAGUAGAAGAAGCUGUACGCCUUAAAGAAAAGAAAAUUGCCAAAGAAAUUAUUGCAGUGUCUUUUGGCCCAACACAAUGUCAGGAAACCUUACGUACAGCUCUAGCUAUGGGUGCUGACAAGGCCAUUCUUGUCGAGGUUCCUGCUAAGGAAUAUGAAACCAUGCAGCCAUAUCAUGUUUCAAAGUUACUGUCAAAAAUUGCACAAGAAGAGAAAGUGGACCUUUUAUUUUUGGGGAAACAGGCUAUUGAUGAUGACUGCAACCAAACAGCUCAGAUGACAGCAGCCUUUUUAGACUGGCCACAGGCCACUUUUGCUUCUCGUAUAGAAAAAACUAAUGAGAAUCUGAAAGUGACAAGAGAAAUAGACGGUGGAUUGGAAAAUAUUGAAGUAAAAAUACCAGCUGUCAUUAGUGCUGACUUAAGACUAAAUGAACCACGUUAUGCGACAUUACCAAAUAUUAUGAAAGCAAAAAAGAAGCCAUUAGCCAAGAAGAAACCUGCAGAUUAUGGAUUGAGGACCCCCCAAUGCUGGCAUAAUAUCUACGUAAUCUAUGGUUUAGUUUAA